CCGAUUUUGAAUUGUAAAAAGUGCCCCGCUCUUCUCUCCUCUUCACUUUUCAAAAAUCCUUUCUGUUCUGUUUCCGGUAUUUCUCUCCCAACAAAAUUCAGAAAAACCACGCGCCUUGUGUGGAGACGGAGGAGAAACGAAAGAUUUCAUAUCUCAUUCCUCUCAACGAAAUCGCAGACGAUUCCCACUGUUUCUCAAACCAUCGGAGAAAAAACGAAGAGCGUCUGAGAUGGCGACGAAGAUUGGGAUGAUGGAUGCGGCGUACUUCGUCGGCAGAUCGGAGAUUCUCGCUUGGAUCAACUCCACUCUCCAACUCAACCUCUCCAAAGUCGAAGAGGCGUGCUCUGGAGCGGUUCACUGUCAGCUACUGGACGCCGUUCAUCCAGGGAUGGUGCCGAUGCACAAGGUCAAUUUCGAUGCCAAGAGCGAGUAUGAGAUGAUUCAGAACUACAAGGUCCUCCAGGAUGUGUUCAAUAAACUCAAAAUCACCAAGCAUAUUGAAGUAAGCAAGCUUGUGAAAGGGAGGCCACUGGAUAAUCUGGAGUUCAUGCAGUGGCUCAAGCGCUACUGCGAUUCCGUCAAUGGAGGCCUUGUCAGUUACAACCCAAUUGAGAGAAGAGAGGGUAGCAAAGGUGGGAAAGAAGCGGGGAAGAAAGGUCCACCGGCUCAUACUUCGGCUAAGGGCGGCGCUGCGGCUGCUCCCAGACCACAGUCCCACCACGGUGGUGCUCGGAGGAAUGAGUUGUCUUCUUCGGUGAACUCCAGCUCUUCUUCAACCCUAAGCGUCAAGGCUUCUAGACCUCCACCGCCUGCACCAGCAUAUGAAGAACAGAUCACAGAGCUGAAGCUAUCCGUGGAUAGCCUUGAGAAGGAAAGGGAUUACUACUUCGCCAAGUUGAGAGAUGUGGAGCUUUUCUGCCAGAGCCCUGGUCUCGAAGGACUUCCUGUUAUUGCUGCAAUUCAGCAGAUACUGUAUGCUGCAGACAACGACGGGUCCGCGGUGGCAGAGGCUCGGGCUAUGAUCUCCUUGAACUGUCAGGAGGAGAAUGAGGAAGCAGAGCCCUUGAGUCCCAUCCCAGAGGUGUUAUCGUCAGAGGAGAAGAUGGUGAACCCAGAUUCCCAGAAGAGGAAGAGCAUUAGAAACCUGGAUGUGGAGGCUGCUGGCAUCAAUAACUUGUCUCCUAGGCAAAGGUUCCCAGAUGCUACCGAUGUCCAUUGCAGUGGGUCACCUCUUAUGACCUACUAAUCUGUGAUUCGCUCUGCAGCUAGGGUGUAGCGAUUCGGCUUUUCCAUUUCCUUUUGGCUGUGUUUGUCUUUAUGGUUUAGAGGAUCUUCUUCUUCUUCUUCUUCUAUCUCGGUUGUUACUAGGACUACAACAGCUACAUAAUGUAGGUUUUUGAUCAACCAGAAGUGAUAUGCUUAUAUCAACCAGAAAAAUUGAGUGGACCAAGAUAUGUUUGUUGUGGUGACAAGUGGAUUGGUUUGCAUGAUAGCAGCAGGAUGGGGGGGGAGAACCACAAGCAGCGCCCUCGCCUCAUCUUCAGCCCAAGUUUUCCGGUCAAAGAGUGGUCUCUAAGUCUCGAACUUAUUCCUAACCCUCCUCAGAAACAGAGAAAUAAUUGUGAAAAAAGAAAAGGAAAGACAAAGAAGUCUCAAUCAAUAAAAAUUCAACCCAUUUCAUCACCAUGAGUUCCAACACAAUGAAGGCGGAAACAAAGACGAGCACGGUGGAUUACCGGUCGUCGGCUGGGCAAGGACAAGGACAAGAGCAGAGGAAAGUGGAGGUGACCCAUCAGCCAAAAUCCAAAACGAGUGGCGGCGUUUUGGCCUCCGCCGCGGAUUCUGUUGCGGGCACGCUCCAAUCUGCUAAGGAAGCCAUCGCCGGAACAACAACGACAACAUCUUCUCCUGACCAAUCCAAAUAAAAAAUAUGUAUUUUUAAAUUUGGUCUAAAUUGAUAUGGUUGUUUACUUUAGUACCGCUCUGCAACUUUUUCUUUUUAAUUUGACAAGAAAACAAUAGGCUGUGGUUCCAAGCCGAAUAAUGAGGUUCCAUUUUUUCGACUUUGUGCCAUAAAUUCUUUGUUUUAUUUAGGAUUCACAAAAAUUUGUUAUAUUUUGAAAUUGUCCAUAGUUUCAUUUUGCCUCCCUUUCCAUCUGAGGUAGCCAAAUUGCUAACUCUUCUAGAAAAUGUGAAAACCCAAGAUGUGUUCGAGUUCAGACGAUUUUUAUAUUUAUUAUUUUUUUGAUGAAAAAGAAGGUCGAUGUUGGAUGGCAUCUCGUAACAAUAUGAUUAAUGUCCACC